GCUAUAUGAAGACAGGUUGGCAGUUUGAACACGGACAGAGAGAGAGAAGAGCAGCCACACCCGCAGACAUUACUGCUGUUGUUGAUCUGCAGUCAUGACUCUGAGGACGCCAUGGUUUCACCUGUUCCUCCUUCUCUGCUGGAUACACUCCUGCAUGUCAGAGAGAGAGAUAGCUGGGAAAGGCUUCAGUGGUACAGAGACACCCGAAGGGGUUUUGGUCAGAGACGUUCCCGAACAAGUCCUGACCAGCCGUCUGACGACCGUCUUCCUCCCAGUCGUCUACAUCAUCGUGUUCGCUGUGGGGCUGCCCACCAACGCUCUGGCCAUCUGGGUGUUCCUCUUCAGGACCAAGAACAAGCACCCGGCGUCCAUCUACAUGGCCAACCUGGCUCUGGCUGACCUGCUCUUUGUCAUCUGGGUGCCCUUAAAAAUAGCGUACCACUUCAACAGCAACAACUGGAUCUACGGCGAAGCGUUAUGCAAAGUGCUGGUGGCGUUUUUCUACGGCAACAUGUACUGCUCCAUCGCCUUCAUCGCCUGUAUAAGUGUUCAGCGCUACUGGGCCGUGGUCUACCCGCUUUCCCAGAGGCAGAGGAGCAACCGCAUGGCUAUCGGCGUCUCCGUGGCGGUCUGGGUGGUGGUCUGGCUCGUCACCAUCCCUCUCUACCUGUAUGACCAAGAGGUGCGCGUAAGAAACCUCAACAUCCUCACCUGCCAUGACGUCACCAGGCCCAGUCAGAGGAAAAUAGCAGCAGGCUACUUCCUGACGAUGGGAAUUGUUGGAUUUGUCGUUCCCACCAUCGUGUGCAUCGUAUCCUACGUUCUCAUGCUCAAAGCUCUCAGGAACAGCAUGGCGGACCCCGCCAUCGCCAAGAAGCGCCGGAAGGCCGUGGUCUUGAUCGUCACCGUGCUGGUGAUGUUUUUAGUGUGCUUCACCCCCAGUAACAUCAUGCUGCUGGUGCACUACAGCCUCCUGUUGCGCGAGGUUGGCGACAACUCUUACGCAUUCUACAUCACCACGCUGUGCUUGGCGAGUCUCAACUGCUGCAUCGACCCUUUUAUUUACUACUUCAUCUCUGAGGACUUCAGGGAGCACGUGAAGAACACGUUCCUGUGCAGGAGUGAGAGGACGGUGGAGAGGAUGAGGGUCUCCUUCAGCGCUCUCAAGUUCUCCAAGAAGAACAACGUAUAUACGUCUGAUUCAGGGAACACUCGCAGCACUGAUUGCUGAUUCCUCCUCAUUCAACUCAGGAAACUUUGGAGAGUCGUCUGUGGUGAAGACCUCCUGGAAGCUUUCAAGCUGUCUAAGUUACUGCUUUUUAAAAUUUUGUAAAUACAUUUAUAUUUUUAUAUAUAAAUAUAUAUAUAUGAUGAUACAACUGAUAUUUAAUGCACUUUGCUCGAUGCAAUUUCAUUUGAUUUCAUAACGACAUGAAUGAUUGAACUUUAGUAGUUUUUAAUGUCUUAUAUUUUAGUUACGCUGUUGUUUUAUUUAGAUUAAUUCUUUGUCAGCGUUUUGACGUGCCAGAAGAUUAAAGAUGAUACGAGCUUGACAUUAUCUAUAUAUCGUGUAUGAUUUUAAAUAAUCAUUUUAAUUGUAUAACUAUAUUUUAAAGUUUGUCAAUAAAAGUAAAUGUACAACCUGCA